GCGUCGACGCCGUCCUCUCUCUCUCGGUUUUUGUUCUGCAGCAACAACAUCAAAGGUUCCAACUACCUACGCUCGUUUCUCAUCAUACUUAUUUUUCGCUCGCUUUUCGCAUUAGUGUAUUGGUCUUUUGCCUUGCACGUCCAUUCUUUCACUCCACGACAAUGAAGUUCACUCGCCGAGGUGCGGCUGCCUUGGGCAUCUUCGCGUUAUUCGCGACGACUGCCGCCCAGAGUACCUCCAGCUCUUCUUCCGCCUCCAGCUCUGAAGCCGCCUCCAGCUCUGCUGCUGCCUCCAGCUCUGAAGCCGCUUCCAGCUCUGCUGCCGCCUCCAGCUCUGAAGCCGCCUCCAGUUCUGCUGCCGCCUCGAGCUCUGCUGCCGCCUCCAGCUCUGCUGCCGCCUCCAGCUCUGCUGCCGCCUCCAGCGCUGCUCCCGCCUCCAGCGCUGCUUCGUCCGCUGGCGUCUCCAUUCCCGUUAGCGUCUCUGCUCCCGUCUCCAGCGCCGCUUCGUCCGCUGGCGUCUCCAUUCCCGUUAGCGUCUCCGUUCCCGCCUCCAGCGAUGCUGCCUCGAGCGCCGCUCCCGUCUCCAGCGGUGCUGCUGUCGUCAACCCCAUCAACGUCGGUGUCUUCGUCUACCUCGGUUGCUACAGGUCUCCUUCUAGCUUCCCGACUUUCACCAUUGCUCAGUCUGCUUCUACCAUGACCAACGACCGAUGCAUUGGUGUUUGCACGCCUCUCGGAAAGCGCUUCGCUGCCACUUAUGCCAACGACUGCUUCUGCGGUGACGCCAUUGACGAUGUCAACGAGGUCAAGGUCGCUGACGACCAGUGCAACAUCCCCUGCGGUGGCUCCCCCUCCACCCAGCGCUGCGGUGGUGUCUUCGGCUCCAUUGCAAAGCGCCAGCUCGCCGGUAUCAUUGCCGCCAACGUCCGCUUCACCAUCUACGUCCGUGCCAGCACCGGAACCGGCGUCAUCCCCAGUGGCGGCGCCUCCGUCACUGGUGUUGCCACCGGCUCCAACGGAUCCAUCAUCCCCACCGGUGUCCCUACCGGCAUCCCCUCCAGCAACAGGUGCUACGGCGAUGACUGCUACAAGACCAUCAACUGCUACGGUCAGUACUGUACCUUCAACUUCGGCUGCUUCGGACCCGAGUGCGGACGUCGUGUCGUCUACAGCGAGGGUGUCUGGCGUCCUGAGGCUUGCAAUGGUGGUCCCGACUGUGGCCGCAAGAUUGUCUGCAACUCUGGCACGUGUGUUUACGCCACCCCGGGCAUGAUGGAGUACGACCAGAAGAUUACUUGCUACGGCAACUACUGUGAGGCUGAGAAUUGCUCCGGCGACCUCUGCAAUCAGAAGUGCCAAUGCAUGGACGGCUCCUGCAUGUUCACGCCCUGCUCUGCCUCCGAGGCCAUGAACAUGUACCAGUACUCCAACGGCCAGUACAACCUUGUCAAGCCCUGCGAUGGCAGCUGCGCCCCGGGUGCUCCUGGCGCUCCGGGUGCUCCUGGUUCCGGCGCCCCGGGUGCACCUGGCGCUCCGGCCGUUCCUGGCCAGCCCCAGGGUCCGGGUGGGUCCCAGGGCUCUAUGGCCACUGGUGUUCCUGCCUCGCCCUCGGGCACUGGCAAGCCUGUCACCGUUGUGACUGCUGGAGCCAGCAAUUUCGUCGCCACCUUUGGCGCCUUCGUCCUCAGCGUCGCCGCUGCUGCUCUCAUCCUUUAAGGAACCCUCGUGUGAACAUGAUUGGUCACACUUUCACUUCAUUCGAUGGGCGACUUUUUGGGGGUCACAUUAAUACAUAUUAGGGGGUGUUUGGUUUGAUCUGGCGGUUUGGGGUACGGGUGAUGGCUUUUACUUCGAAUGCCUCGCUUGGUGAGAAUCUGUCUGUAGGCACUCUCUGCUCGGCUGUGGAUGGACUUUUUAAGAAAUGAUUUGAUGAACUAGACAAUAAAGCGUGUCUUUCACCAC